CAUCGCCCUUUUUUCCGCCCCGCCCGAGGGGGAUUUCCUUCUCCAACUUUUUAGUCCGAUCCUCCACUUUGUAUAAGUGCAGAUUGAGCUUGGAAGCAAUUGUCGCGCAUUCACUACAAUUGAUUCUAGCCAUCCAACAGACCCAAUCUCACCACACGUACCACACACAAACUUCCCCUCCACCAACCACCGUAUCACCUCCCGCCUUGCGAUCUCUACACUCCUCCAUCUUCAACCGCGCGCAACCAAGCACGACAGACAGACACAUACAACCAUGACCUCAACAACCACCCCCUCCGCCCUAACAACCCUCGUCACCUCCUACACAACACCAGCAUCAACAUCACCAUCAUCCUCAACCCCCACCACAACCCCAAGCUCCAACCUCAACCCCAACCUCAACCUCAACCCCAAAACCUCCGCCCUCACCCUCCAAGUCCUCCACAACCUCCAACACCAACACCUCUGGACCUCCCUCCAAAUCCACGAGCUCACCUCCACUGUCCCUACUGCCCCGGCAUCCACCGAAUCCCACACCGAAACAAUCAACCUCAUCUCGGGAAUCCCCCCGCACCGCCUCUAUACCCACCCGGACGAGCAAUUCUACCUCCUCGAACGCGGGCUCCGUGAGGAAGACCUCGAGCUCGAACGAAUGUUCGUCCUCCCCACCGUGCAGGGCCACACGUGGAGUCUCCGGCGGUUGGCCGGGGUGUUUGACGCGCUGCCGGAGGCGGAGGAUCCUGGGGAUCUGGGGGGUGAAGUUGAGGAUGAGGCGGGGGUGGUAGUGGGCGAGGAUGAUAACAGCAGCAAUAAUGGUAGCGGCAGAAGCAAGGCGGACAAGUUGAAGGAAUAUUACCGGUAUCGGAAACAGGCCCGUGCCACUAGGGAGUGGGGUGGGAAGAGGAUGCUUCUCGCUAUGGUGGAUAGGCAGAUGGGUGGGGAUAGUACGGUGGUCUAUUAUGUUGUGCAGGAUGGUGCGGUCAAGCCAAGACAGAAUUGAUACCGUUCUCGUUGCCGAGUCUUGUUCUCUGCUUGCCAGUUGGAGAGAAGGGGGCCUAUGCAUGGAUUUGGGGUUUGCAGCUGGCUGGACAAACGGAAAAAAAAGAGGAAGGACGACGACGACGACGACAGGGAACGGUCUACCACCGGUUUGCACAGCACAGCAGAGUCUCGUCCAAUUUAUACUAUUACAGCCCAAACCCGACCAAAGUUAUAUACAUGUGU